UCCGUGCGCCAUGGGCCCGGAGCCCCCCUGCAAAGCCGGGACCACCCCCUGUGGGCCCCGGGCGCCUCCUGACAGCUGCCCAAGCAGAUAGUAAAUCGGGGAGAGGGGCUGAGACUCUGCCCCCCGCCCCGGGAGUAUCUCGGCCCAAACUGGAAACGCUCUUAAGUAAGGCUGCAGAGUGGGGCCUAGAGGAUUGGGGUGGAGGUUGCUUGGGAGCCAGGACUCCUGGGUUCUCUCCCUGGCUCACGUUCAUAGCUGGGGGAGGGGGGUCGCCCACACCCGGCGAGAGCCAGAGAUCCACGCAGACGGUGCGCAAACCCGCCCCCUACCCCCCAUGCCCAACUCACGCACCUACCCCGCCCCGUUAGCCGCUGCUCGGCCCCGUUAUCCCGCCCUGACGUCAAGAGGCCGCCUCUGGUUUUACCCGGCUGGCGGCUCCGGGCUGAGCCAUCCGCCGCUCGCCCGUGCGCCCCAGUCCCCGUGCGCCCCUGCCCGUGCGCUCCGCUCCCCGUGCGCCCUGGGCGCGCCAUGGCCGCGGCGGUGGAGGCGGGGGGCUUCUUCCUCGGCUCCUUUGGCUGGGCGCUGCUGGGGGUGACGCUGCCCAACAGCUACUGGCGGGUGUCCACGGUGGAGGGCAACGUGAUCACCACCUCCACCCUCUUCGAGAACCUCUGGCAGAGCUGCGCCACGGACUCCACCGGCGUCUACAACUGCUGGGGCUUCCCCUCCAUGCUGGGGGUGACCGGCUACCUGCAGGCCUGCCGAGCCCUGAUGAUCACAGCCCUGCUCUUCGGCUUCCUGGCCAUCGUCUGCAGCGUGGUGGGGAUGAAGUGCACCAAGGUGGCGAACGGGAACCCCGAAGUCAAGGGGAAGAUGGCGGCCGCUGGGGGCUGCAUGUUCAUCCUGGGGGGGCUGUGCGGGAUGGUGGCGCUCUCCUGGUACGCCUUCAACAUCACCCGCGACUUCUUCGACCCCCUCUUCCCCGGCACCAAGUACGAGAUCGGCCCGGCGCUGUACGUGGGCUGGAGCGGGUCCCUGCUGGCCAUCGUCGGGGGCGGCUGCCUCCUGGGGUCCUGCUGCACCCCGUCCUCGCAGGACAAGAGCUUCCACUACGCCCUCCCCAAGGCCGGCCCCAGUCGCCUGCGGAGAGGGUCCGACGCCAGCACCGGCGGGCAAUACGGCAAGAACGCCUACGUCUAGGGGUGGGGACGGGGGGGGGGACACCCGCCGCAAGUCCCCCUCCCCCUCUCCCACCCUGCACCGGACUCCCCGGCGCCUGGCUGAGCCCCAGGAACCGGAGAGGGGCAGGACCGUUUGACGACUUGCCAGGCCAGAAGACUCCGGUCGGUCGCCCAGCCCAGGGCCCGCUCACCCCGGCCACGCCAGGAUCCGAGGGGGCGAGCAGCAGAAGACAAAAAAAAAAAAAAAACCCCAAAAACUCACCCCCCCCACAAUGUCCCUGCUCAUCUGACUUGGGGGGGGGAAGUCCUUCCUGACCCCAAAGCCCGUGAUCGGUUGGACCCGGAGCAUGGGAGCAGCCAGGCAGCUGGAAAGAGGGUUUUCGGGCCAGUGUCUCAUCUGCAGAUGUGGCCCAUCCCAGAUGCCUCAGAGAAAGUUGGGGGGGGGGGGGGCAGGACCAAGAUGCUCCUGGCUCAUUGGGCACAGCGGGAGGUGGAGUGGGGGCUGGGGCGGGAACCUUCCUGACCCUAGCGGCAACCCCGUGAAGCCCUGAAGCAUGAGUCUAGAUUCGCGCUUCCCGGUGCAAAGAGGAAUUUUUCAAUGAGAUUUUUUUUCCCCAUGGGAAAAGGCCGACGCACGGAAAACGAAACUGUUUGGGGAAGGGGUCGGUUCCGCUUCAUUGCCCUGGGUUUUUUUUUUUGGGGGGGGGACAGGGUUUUUUUAAAGAGGGUCAGAAAAUGUCAAAAGGGGGAAGUUCCACGGUUUUGGCUGGAAAGGCCGAUUCUCGUUCAAGUCCAAGCGGAGACAAAACGGGGAGACGCUGGUGUUUUCGAUUAACUCGAUUGGCAACCGCUCGGCUCCGGAACGUGGCUGCGAUUUCCCGGUGGGGACGGGGGCGUGUUGAUCAUUUCCCCCACCAGCUUGAAAACCCGCGGGGGCCCAGCGCUGCCGGCGGACCGGCUUGGAGGGGAGCGGCUCGGUCCCACCGGGAAGCGAGGGCGGCCUUCCCCGCCCCGGUCGCGCGCCGCGGGGCUGGGCCGUUCCAGGAGGCGCAGAGGCGGCUGGAGUCUGCCGCAAAGUCGGCACCGCGCUCUUCGGCCGCCUGGAGUUCGCGGGGGCCGGGGAGAGGCGGACGUGCAGAGCCCGACUUUCCCGCCUGUUUUGUACAAAAUAAAGGUGUUUGAACGCAAAGGCCCAGUGUUCCCUGGGGGGGGGAGGCCGGAGCCCCAGCUGGUGAAUACGGUGGGGGGCUACGGUAACCCGGGACUGCUGGGGGAGCAAUGACAGGGCUGCGGCUUGGAGCUGGGGCACGGGGAUGAGUAAGGCACGGGCCCCGGCUGAUUUGCGGGAGCGCCAGCCCCUGGGUAGAAUGGGGGGGGGGGGACUGUGGUCCUGCCCCCUGGCCCAGUGCUGGUACGAGCUGCCCAGGGAGCUCCAGCUCACAUGCCUGGCCCCCCCAGGCCAGUGGAGAGUGCGGGGCUCCCCGGGUAGCUCUUACCAGGGCCUGGCUCCUGGCCUGGCCAGGGGGGGGGUCUGGGGGGGGGGGGAAGAGGAGGAGCAGGAGGUGGGACCCCAAAUGUUCUUUGUGCCCAGGGCUCUGCUCAUGCCCUAAAUGCCAGAGGUCCCCCCGGCCCCGUUUGCAGAUCUUGGUCAGGGCCUCUAACCCCGUACUUGGGAGGGGGGCAGGCCUGUUUCAUGCCAACGACUAACUCCAAGGCCUAACACACAGGUGGGAGAAAAGUUCUCGGCGUUAAAGAGCUACCCUUCCCCCUGGGCCAGGCAGAGCCAGAAAGUCACAACCAGCAUCACACCUCCCCACCCCCUUGCAGGAAAAAGACACCAGAGCCUGGAGGCUACUAAGAUUACCAAAGUUAACCCUUUCAGGCCUCCAUAAAGAAGCAAACCUCCGUUCCUCCUCUUUCAUCCCAGCUCGAGCAGGCCUGAGCCCAAAGAGGGAAAGGGAAAAUGGGACCCUGUUUGCAAUAUGAACUUUAAUCCCAACCUCGGGGGCGGCGCCUGCCACCCCUUGCCCGUGCAAUGAUUACAACCCACUCCUGAAACGAAAUCAAUGUUAAAAAUCGUAUCUCUAAAAGAGCCAACGGGGGAGAAAAUGAAUCCAGGUCAGUUAUAAAACGUCAGCGGGACCGACUGCACCGUUACCAGCCAGAGGGGGGCGGGAGCAAGCAGCACGGAGGGUGGGAAUGAUCGUUAACCAAAUUAAAU